CUCAAAAGCUUAAGUUCAUAAGUAGGGCAACACCCUUCUAUAUAUGUUAGUGACAUUCAUCUUUAUUUUCCGAAGUGGGAACUCCAGCACUCCCCCUCAAGUGGUAACUAGCUUAACCUGGUUAGCACUUAGGACAAACGGGUCUAACAUCUCAGUUUCUUAUAGCUAGCCCAAACAACAGGAUAAACUGUCAGAUUGCCACCAAAAUAUCCAAAAGCUUCUUCUAAUUCCUUCAUCUCCUCCCCUCUCUCUCUGUAUAUAUAUAUAUACACCCUCUGUUUCUUUUUCCCCCAAUUCUCCUCAUAGGAUAAGAUAAGAAAUGGUGGAUCAAGAAUUGUCGGGUCUUUUUCCGGGUCUUCCAGAAGAUUUGGGUCUCGACUGCCUGAUUCGAGUUCCCUACGAAAAUCUCUCCGCCAUCACCGCCGUCUGCCGCGGCUGGAAGCUCGAGAUCGAGCUGCCGGAGUUCUGGAGAAGACGAAGAGUUUCGGGUCUGUCGACUCGGGUCGUCGUUUUCGCCCAGGCCCAGAUCGACCCGACCCGCGAACCAGUUCCGUCGGCCAAGCAUCCGGCGACGCCGCGUUACGGGCUGACCGUAUUUGAACCGGAAACGGGUCGCUGGACCCGGCUGCCCCCGGUUCCGGGUUUCCCCGACGGGUUGCCCCUGUUUUGCGAGAUUGUGGCGGUGGGGACGGAACUUGUUGUAAUGGGCGGGUGGGACCCGGUCACGUGGGAGGUCUCGCGGGCGGUUUUCGUCUACAGCUUCAUCCGCGCCACGUGGCGCCGCGGCGCGGACGUGCCGGGGACCCGAAGGUCGUUCUUUGCCUGCGCGUCCGACGGGAGACGAAUGGUGUUCGUCGCCGGCGGGCACGAUGGGGAGAAGAACGCCCUGAAAUCGGCAAUGGCGUACGACGUGGCGGGGGACCGGUGGGCCCACCUCCCCGACAUGGCAAGGGAGCGGGACGAGUGCAAGGGCGUUCUCGUCCGCGGAAAAUUCCACGUCAUCGGCGGGUACGCCACCUCGGCACAGGGCCAGUUCGGGGACGACGCGGAGGCAUUCGACGUCGCCGCGUCCCGAUGGGAGGCCCCGUGUGACGGGUUCCUGGGGCCCGCCCCGGGGUGUCCCCGAACUUGCGUGGGCUGCAGGGAUGGAGAGUGGUAUAGUUGCGAAGGCGGUGACGUGGCGAAGCGGACGGGGACAAUGACGUGGCAACCGGUGACUCAGCUCCCGGUCAGCGUGCACAAGGUUACAUGUGUGAUGAUGUGGCGGGAUGACAAGAUGUUGGUGAUUGGGUCGGCCAGUCAUAACGAGCCACAUAAGGCAUUCGUUUUGGAUUUGAAAGGGUACACGUGGGCCGCCGUCGCCGUGCCGGAGAACUUCUCCGGCCACGUCCAAUCCGGAUGUUGCUUGGAAAUAUAAGAGUUUUUUUUCUUUUUUUUUCUUUGGGGGGUAAAAAGAGUAUGUAAAUGUCGGAGGGUAAAAAUUAUAGUGAGAAUUACCUUUACACAUUGGAGGGUACAAAUAUUUAGUUACCCCAAGAGUAUGAAAACAAACUAUAUAUGUGUGAAUGUACACAAUGAAGUCCUGGUUGUAAUUAUUUUACUUUUAGAAGUUUUAUUUUCUUUUUUCCUUAAUACUCAUUUCCACUCCCUAGAAACAUCUCCUAUUGACUUUUUGAAGAUCUAAAUCAAGAAUGUUUUUGUGUUAAUUUUUAAAAAAUACUCUUGAUGUGA